AUGGCCAGAGCGACCUGUGCAGCCGGGAAGGUGAGCAGCGGGCCCACUCCUUCCUUCCCUUCAGCCGCGGCUCUCGGGGAAAGCGGCGUCCGGCGGGGGAGGGUGUCAGGCAGGGAGGACGCGCCCUCGGAAUCCCGGCUCUCUCCUCGGCAGGAGGCGUCUGUCACAGCGCUCUGCCCCCGGGCAGGGAAUCCGCUCCUCCUGCCCGCCGCGCCCCCACCCUCUCCCCCGCCCGGCUCCUGCCCCGGCACCGCCGCAGGUGCAGCGCCCCAGCCAAGUUCGCACUCACCGCGGGCUGCGCAGGGGGCGCGGGGCUGCCCCGACGCGCCGCUCCGGGGCCGGGAGGCGGCUGCGCUGCCGCGCUGCCCGCUGCGCUGGGCUGGGCUGGGCUGCGCCGGCCGCCCCUCCGCCCGCCGACAGGCGCCCGAAGUUCCAGCCGCCGCCGCCUCCGCCGCUGCUGCUGCUGCCGCCGCCACCUCACACAGCGGUGCCGACCAGCCCCAUGUCCUUCCUGCCGGCGCUGCCGCUCGCUGCCGCCAUGACAGCGCGGAGCCCCCGGAGCGCCUGCGCGGGCCGGGCGCGGGCGGGGCCGGCGCGCGGGGCGGGAGCGGCGGGCUGCGCGAGCGCAGGUGA